GCUGACCACAAGGUCGGUCUCCAGACAAACACGUGCUUGUAGUUAGCACCACGGAGCCGAGGCCGGUCCUCAACCUGGUGAACGGAUGAAUAAAGGAAGCCCGGUUCUGAGUAACAACCAUCAGUUAACACGACCUGAUAUCGGGGGUUAAUUUCCAGCGAUCUGUAGCAGUGAGUCCAGCGCAAGCUAGCUGUAACGUGACUGUCUCACAUUGGGACACGUUUCUGUUCCGGAGUUUUCACCCUAAUUUCCUGCUCCAUGGCGGAUUACCUGAUUAGUGGACAGACCGGCUACGUGCCUGAAGACGGUCUGUCCGGACAGCAGCUGUUCGGGUGCGGUGAUGGCCUCACAUACAAUGACUUCCUGAUUCUUCCAGGCUAUAUUGACUUCACAGCUGACCAAGUGGACUUGACAUCAGCCCUGACCAAACAGAUCACUCUGAAGACGCCGCUGGUGUCAUCUCCCAUGGACACGGUGACCGAGUCGGGGAUGGCCAUUGCUAUGGCUCUCACCGGUGGGAUCGGCUUCAUCCACCACAACUGCACACCAGAAUUCCAGGCCAAUGAAGUGAGAAAGGUCAAGAGAUACGAGCAGGGUUUCAUUACAGAUCCUGUGGUGAUGAGCCCCAAAGAGCUGGUUAGAGACGUCUUUCAGGCGAAAGCACGCCACGGUUUCUGCGGCAUUCCCAUCACAGACAACGGACAGAUGGGCGGACGCCUGGUAGGCAUCAUCUCAUCUCGAGACAUCGACUUCCUGAAAGAGGAGGAGCAUGAUCUUCCACUCAGUGAGGUGAUGACCAAGCUGGAGGACCUUGUUGUGGCUCCCGCUGGUGUGACGCUGAAGGAAGCUAAUGAGAUCCUUCAGAGGAGUAAAAAAGGUAAACUGCCCAUCGUGAACGAGGAGGGCUGUUUGGUGGCCAUCAUCGCUCGCACAGACCUGAAGAAGAACCGAGAUUUCCCUCUGGCCUCCAAAGACUCGCGCAAGCAACUGCUGUGUGGUGCUGCCAUAGGAACACACAACGACGACAAAUAUAGACUCGACCUGCUCGUGCAAGCUGGCGUGGACGUCGUCAUACUGGAUUCUUCCCAAGGAAACUCCAUUUUCCAGAUUAACAUGAUCAAGUACAUCAAGGAGAAAUACCCCAACCUGCAGGUUAUAGGAGGCAACGUGGUAACAGCAGCUCAGGCGAAGAAUCUAAUCGAUGCUGGCCUGGACGCUCUGAGAGUGGGCAUGGGCAGUGGCUCCAUCUGCAUCACACAGGAAGCUCCUCUUACUAUUCCUCCUGAUAUAAAGCUCCACAGCCCCAAAGCCCCAGCCACUGUAACGGGAUACUGCAUGCUGGCGUGUGGCAGGCCGCAGGCUACAGCCGUGUAUAAGGUGUCGGAGUACGCGAGGCGCUUCGGCGUGCCAGUCAUUGCCGACGGUGGCAUUCAGAACGUGGGCCAUGUCGCCAAGGCCCUGGCUUUAGGAGCAUCCACAGUGAUGAUGGGCUCAUUGCUGGCAGCCACCAGCGAAGCUCCAGGUGAGUAUUUCUUCUCUGAUGGCAUCAGACUGAAGAAGUACAGAGGAAUGGGCUCACUUGAUGCCAUGGACAAGAACCUGGGCUCCCAGACCAGAUACUUCAGCGAGUGCGAUAAGAUUAAAGUAGCUCAGGGUGUGUCAGGCGCCGUACAGGACAAAGGCUCCGUCCAUAAGUUUGUCCCCUACCUCCAUGCUGGAAUCCAGCACUCCUGCCAGGACAUAGGAGCUAAGAGUCUUACACAACUUAGAGCGAUGAUGUAUUCUGGCGAUCUGAAAUUUGAGAAAAGAACCGUAUCUGCUCAAGUGGAGGGAGGAGUGCAUGGGCUGCACAGCUACGAGAAACGGCUGUUUUAACGAAGACGCCGAACAUCAAGAACAUACAACACAAUACAUUACCACACAGUCGUACUCCAUCGUUCUGUUGUGUAACUACUAAAUCUGAUGAGUGCACAGAUGGCCACCUUACAUUGAUGUAUCCAAUGUCACAUCCUACACUUCCUUUUUUUUUUUUUCCCUUCCAGAUCUUUGUUGAGCAAACCAACGGAGUGUGUCAAUGUGUUCAAAUUUACGCACAUACUUUUCUGUUUUUGAAACAAAAGAAUUAGAAUUUCGCUGUUAUGUUCAGAGGCAUUCAUUAAUUGCAAAUACAUUUUUCCAGUAAAAUAA